UGUUGCAUGUGCCUGUUGUAAAUAGAAAACAACAAACACAAGACGGAUGAUACAAUGUCGGCGCAGAACCCCGAUGACAACGAUGUUGCUGCUCCUGUGCUUCACCGCGCAGAAGAGUCACUUGCCAAAAACAAAGGGACGUUCAAUGCAGACAGAGCACGAAUGAGGUGUUCAGUCAACAAGUCUAGCCCUGCCACAGGCACACAGCAUGGGGAUGAGCUUACCGAAGCACUGGACCUUACCCAGCCCCCGCAGCGAAAGGAUCACCUAGGCAGCCUCAAACAUGGAAUGCUUGACAGCAAAGGAUCAAAACAUUUUGAAGAUCAACAAAAUGGCCUUGAUGAAGUUACAGACAGCCCCUUGCGUACAACGCUCACUAUCAAACAAGAAAAUAAUCUGGAAGGCUGGGGUGAAGAACAAAAUGACCUUGAUGAAGUUCCAGGCAGCCCCUUGCAUAUAACGCUCAACAUCAAACAAGAGACUAAUCUGGAAGGCUGGGUUGAAGAACAAAAUGACCUCGGUGAAGUUCCAGACAGUCCCUUGCAUACAACGCUCAACAUCAAACAAGAGACUAAUCUGGAAGGCUGGUGUGAAGAACAAAAUGACCUCAAUGAAGUUCCAGACAGCCCCUUGCAUCCAACGCUCAACAUCAAACAAGAGACUAAUCUGGAAGGCUGGGGGGAAGAGAUUCAUCGAAAGCACCCACCACUACAAGAAGAGAUUCCCCACCGCCCUCUCCACAAGACACUAACAACAAACAGACGUAAGCAGCAUGUCCAAAGGGACAAGUUUGGUCAGGUGCAGUAUCAUAGAAACGAUCCUCUAGUUCAAGGGGAGGUUCCCAGCUGUCCUCCGCACAGGUCAGCCAAAGCCAAAGGGCACCAUCAAGAUAAAGAUAAAGACCUUGAGGGAGAUCUAAGUCACCACCUGCAAAGGGACACCGUUGACAGUCCCCUGCUGAAGAUACCCAAGGUCAGAACCAAAGCAACACAUUUUCAGGGCCAAAGCUCUGGAGUGGCCAGAGAUCAGAUCUUGCAAUCUAGCUACACACACAGAAAAUUGAGAAUUCCAAGACUUGACAAAAUUGUGAACAAAUUGCGAACUGUGAACGAAUCCAAGGAAGCGUCAAGUUUAGUACCUGAUAAAGACUCCUUCCUUCUCGGCGCUGAUGUGAAUGUUAGUGCAGAGGCGUCCUCCAGCAGUAGAGCGACAAAGGGGAUGCUAUCUGGUGGCUCUACAGAUGCAGACAACUUUCUUAAUCCUGCCCCACAUGGGCACCGGAGCCAACCAAGUGGCUUCCAUAGCAAAGAGAGGGUCGGAGCAUCUAUAUCAAGCAAAAAGAAACACCGUUCUAGAAACAUGCCUCUCGUAAAGAAGACUGAAAAAUCUGUUGAAAAUGAUCUAUUGAAGAAGAGAUGUUUGGUGGUGGAGAACCUGGUGGUGGGGGAAGCCUUUGUUGCUUCUGCUUCUGCUGGUGGUGAUCUUGUCCUUGAGAGGGCGUUGCCUCCUGGGCAGCAGUGUGCCUUGUGUAAGGAAUAUGUUUCUCAUGCAAGUCUCAACAGCCAUCGAUGUAAGGUGGGUGUCUCAGGGACAAAGCAGCCUCUUCUCGAUGGAGAGUUCUCAGGUAAAUCUCAUAACCAGAAAUCCUAUCAGUGCAAGGUGUGUCAGAGACCACUAACUGAGGACAAUGGCGAUGGUACGAAGCGACUCGUAUGUAGGGAAUGUGCAGGACGAAUGGACCAAGGCGAGAGUGUCGAUGUCUCAGGGGAUGUAGUCCGGGGCAUUCACCAAUGUGAUCGAUGUGAGCAAUCCUUCAGCAGUCGCUCAGGUCUUAGCCUACACUUACUGAGUCACGUCGAAGUCAAGAUGCACGAGUGUGACGAGUGCGACAAGACUUUCAAAACACAAGGCAAGCUGAGGGUACAUAAACGCAUACAUGCUGGGCAGCCUCCACACCAGUGUCACAUCUGCGACCGGACCUUCGGUAAAGGCAACACCCUCGUUUGCCACAUGAGGACACACAGUGGGGAAAAACCUUUCCAAUGCGACCUUUGCGAUAAAUCCUUCACACAGAACAGCGCGCUCACGGUUCAUAAACGUAUCCAUUCGGGCGAGCAGCCCUUUAGUUGCGAGCUCUGUGGCAAAAACUUCCGGGAUAAGAGCAAUCUUCGUAGGCACGUUCGCACCCAUAGCGGAGACCAACCGUUUGAAUGCACCGUGUGUGGCAAGCGCUUCAGCACCAAGGACCACAUGAACACGCAUUUUCGCAUUCACACCGGGGACAGGCCAUACCAUUGCAGCAUGUGCGACAAGGCAUUCACACAGAGUAGCACACUUGUUGGUCAUAUGAGGACACACACGGGAGAGCUCCAGCUCAGGUGCGAUGUAUGUGGCAAGAAAUUUAAGGACAGGAACAGCUAUUCUACCCACAUGAAACUACAUGCUGAAGACAGCAAUUGAAAAUCUACAUUUUCCAGCACUUGAAAACUGUGCCCAUUAUUUUUGUUACCGAUUACCCCCUUUCCAAUGCAUGUUAGUUCUGAAUCUCCUUCCCCAACCCCCCCCCCCCCUCCUCCUCUCUAAAAGAGAAUUACAUGUAUAUAUUGUAACAUCCUUCCUUUAGUUUGCUACCCAUCCCUUUUUCGUACAAUGAAAAAAUCAUGCAUUUGGUCCUUCCCCCCCCCCCCCAUCCCCCCUGCUCCCAUCCCUCUUCAAUUGAACACCUUAGUCAGUAGCUCUAGCUCCUUUUCUAUCCCCCUUUCCCCCUCCCUAAUUCGGAAUUCCUCAGGAAAUUGUAUACUCCAGAGCUAAGAUAUAUACUAUAGUGUACAUGUAUUUUUUGUGAGUUUGGGCUAUUCUUGAAAUAUCCUAGCAUUGACUCUCAAAAGCAUGUAGAAUAUUAUUGCAUCAAUUUAAAAAUGAUUCCACACACAUUAAAUCCACACUGUAUUAGGAGCACUACCACAAAAAUCCCCUGCAGCAUCAUCUCAGGUCAGCUGUAGCAGUAUGGUCCUGUAACUCGCUGCUUCCCUCCCUGCGCUGUUGGAUCUCGCAUCAAGUCCUCUGUCUGCAAAGUGGGAGUUACUAAUGGUUUACGCACUGUUGGCAAGUUGACCAUGAGAUGGCACUAGGGGAUAAACAGUACGAUAGGGCAGGAAGUUAAUAAGUUCUGUAUCACUUUAAAGCCUGUCUGUGCUAGUUAAGCCAGGAGGGAUAAUACCACCCAGCGUAGUCACUGACAGGUUAUCUCAUCAACUCGGCUCUCAAUUAACAUAAGAAAAAUAGGAUCAUGUGGGACCAACAGGCACCACUUCGGUAUUGUUUUCUAUAUGGAGGGAGCAAGUAGCUUCAAAUAGUGCAGUGGGGCUUUAAGGCACAUAUGUAGUUUGGGUAUUUGUAGAUGGCUCACAAGGCUGACUGACGAUGUUGAUCUCAUAGGCUCUUUAACAGAUUUGUUUUAAAUUACACCAUACCAACAAUUUUUAAUCUUCACUAAUGUAUCUUGCCAUUUUGUUGGUUCUGUUGGAACUGUCUUCUUUUCUGUAUUUUCUUUCUAUAUCUGUACAUGUAUUGUAAUAUUUGUAAAAACAUACUGGAUUGAAUGCACCAUCAUGAGGAACAUUAAAACCAUACCAGACAGGAAUGCUGAUUUGAUCUGCUUUUUAACCCCCCCCCCCCCCUAGAUUGGUAACACUUGUAUUGUAUGUUGAUCUGUUAUUAUUACAAAUACAAUGAAUUUAUAUCAUGAAAAGCAUACAUAGAACAAUGUAAUGAAGUUGACAUUCUUUUUCAGGGUAUUUUAGAGUUUUAUUAUGAACU